CUGGGUGUCUCCUUGGGAAGACACGGAACCUAAUUAGAGCCUAUUCUCUCUAGAACGUUGCCUCCAACUCACGUCUAGGGUGUAUGCCAGCCCUGAAACCCAGCUAAGCCGUGAAUUAUUCUCCGGGUUCUGAAGGGAUGGCUCACUCAUUUGCUGGCUAUAAAAAGGCAAUCAGAGGGCGCUCCUGCUGAGAUCUCUGAGGCUCUAUUGGGAGCACCAGGAGAGGAUCCCUCCGGUUUGUAAAUUAACAGAAUGGCUCUGCUCCAACUUGUGGCGUUCUUCACCCUGGCUGCGUGCUGCAUGGCUCGCUCUCCUCCCGGAAAGCCAUUCCCCGCCGCCUUACUUCAGACUCCCCUGAGCUGUAAUGACUCUGAAGUGCUGGCAGCUGCAGGCUUCGCCCUGCAGAACAUCAACAGAGACCAAAAGGAGGGCUACGUGCUGAGCCUCAGCCGAGUGCAUGAUGUCCGCAGGCACUACCAGGAGGAGAUGGGAUCUGUGUUCUACCUCACCCUGGAUGUCUUAGAGACUGUCUGUCACGUGCUCAGCAGGAAGGCGCAGAAGGACUGCAGUCCGAGGAUUUUGCACGAGUCGGUGUAUGGUCAAUGCAAAGCAAUGUUUCACAUUAACAAGCCAAGAAGAGUUCUCUAUUUGCUUGCUUAUAACUGUACAGUCCGCCCAGUUUCUCGAAGAAAGAUUCAUUCUGUCUGCCCUGACUGCCCAAGCCCCGUUGACUUGUCAAACCCCAGUGUUCUGGAAGCUGCCACGGAGUCCCUCGGGAAAUUCAACCGCGAGCACCCCUCAAAACAGUACUCCCUCGUCAAAGUCACCAAGGCUACGAGCCAGUGGGUGGUUGGACCUGCUUACUUUGUGGAAUAUUUGAUCAAAGAGUCACCGUGUAGCCAAUCCCAGGCCAGCUGUUCACUCCAGCCCUCUGACUCUGAGCCCGUUGGUCUUUGCCAAGGUUCUCUGGUUCAAGCAGAAAGAUCGAAAAAGUUCGUCACUGUGACUUGUGAUUUUUUUGAAUCUCAGGCUCAGGUCCCUGGAGGUGAGAACUCUGCGGUUACCCAAGAGUCCAAGAAACUCCCGGAGGCGGCGGAUGAGGCCUCUCAGAAAAACACAGCCCCCACCAGCUCCCCCUCCAUAAUGACACCGAGAGGAUCUGUCCAGCACCUGCCUGAACUGAAUGAGCCUGAGGGCUCUGAGGAAAAGAGUCCAGAGGAAGCCUUUCCCGUGCAGCUGGAUCUAACCACGAAUCCCCAGGGGGACACGCUGGAUGUGUCCUUCCUCUACCUGGGGCCUGAGGAAAAGAAGCUGGUGGUACUGCCUUUCCCAGGAAAGGGACGGCGCUCUGCUGAGUGCCCAGGGCCCGCCCCCGAGACCAGUCCCAUGCUCCUCCCACCCUGAGAAUCCCAAACAGGGCUCCACAGGGGUGUGGUCCCCGGUACCAGAUGAGGUGAUGGGAAUGGGACAGAUGACCAAAUGUAGACAGACUAAUAAAGUAUGUCCUCUUGAA